AUGAUAGUUUGUUUCUUUUCUUUUUCGUCUUUUUGCUCUUUCUUUCUUCCUUUCUUUCUUUCUUUCUUUCUUUCUUUCUUUCUUUCUUUCUUUCCUUCAAUUGUUAUUAUUUUCUUUCUUUCUUUCUUUGACCUAUUCUUACCUCCUUCAUGUCUGUAUUUUUCUACCUUUCUUUCUAUAAUUAUAUUUACUUGUUUCUUAUUUUCUUUCUUUCUUUCUUUCUUAUUCUUUUCUUUCUUCUUUCCUUCCUUUCUUUCUUCAUUUCUUUUUUCUUUCUUUCUUUAUCUCUUUUUCUUUCUUUCUUUCUUCUUUCCUUAUUUUCUUUCUUUCUACUUUUCUUUCUUUCUUCCUUCCUUGCUUCUUUCUUUCUUGAACGUUUUUGCCUUCAUCAUAUCUCUAUUUUGUUCUUUCUUUCUUUCUUUUUAUUCUUUUUUCUUUCUUUCUUUCUUUCUUUUUUUCUUUCUUUCUUUCCCUCCACCAUGUUUGCAUUUCGUUCUUUCUUUAAUUUCAUCAUGUUUGCAUUUCUUUCUUUCUUUCUUUCCUUUCUUUCUUUCUUUCUUUCUUUCAUUCUUUCUUUCUUUACCUCCACCAUGUUUGCAUUUAGUUCUUUCUUUCUUUAAUUUCAUCAUGUUUGCAUUUCUUUCUUUCUUUCUUUUUUUUUCUUUCUUUCUUUUCUUUCUUUCUUUCUUUUUCUUUUCUUUCUUUUCCUCCACCAUGUUUUGCAUUUUGUUCUUUCUUUAA